CGGCACUUGGUUUAAUUCUUGUUUAACAUCCAAGCGAAGAAGAAGCAGACGGUGCGAGCAGAAAAUCGCGAGAAGUUCGUUCCAAGUGCAAGUCAGUGACCAGUAAAUCAGAAAAAACACAUUAUAAUCAAAGAUGGCAGCAGCAAAAGCACCAGCAGUCGGUAUUGAUCUGGGUACGACCUACAGCUGUGUCGGAGUGUUCCAGCACGGCAAGGUCGAGAUCAUCGCCAACGACCAGGGCAACCGAACCACGCCAUCGUAUGUGGCCUUCACUGAUACGGAGCGUCUGAUUGGCGAUGCUGCCAAGAACCAGGUGGCCAUGAACCCGACCAACACCAUCUUCGACGCGAAGCGUCUGAUCGGCCGCAAGUUCGACGAUCCCGCGAUCCAGGCCGACAUGAAGCACUGGCCGUUCGAGGUGGAGUCGAUCGAGGGCAAGCCAAAGAUCGCGGUCGAGUACAAGGGCGAGAAGAAGUGCUUCUUCCCGGAGGAGGUCAGCUCGAUGGUGCUGACCAAGAUGAAGGAAACGGCCGAAGCCUACCUGGGCAAGACGGUUACGAACGCCGUCAUCACCGUGCCAGCCUACUUCAACGACUCGCAGCGCCAGGCGACGAAGGAUGCCGGUACCAUCUCGGGACUGAACGUGCUGCGCAUCAUCAACGAGCCGACCGCGGCCGCCAUCGCGUACGGUCUGGACAAGAAGACCGCCGGUGAGCGCAACGUGCUGAUCUUCGAUCUCGGCGGCGGCACCUUCGACGUGUCGAUCCUGUCCAUCGACGAUGGCAUCUUCGAGGUCAAGUCGACCGCCGGAGACACCCAUCUGGGCGGUGAGGACUUCGACAACCGUCUGGUGAACCACUUCGCACAGGAAUUCAAGCGCAAGCACAAGAAGGAUCUGUCCACCAACAAGCGCGCCCUGCGCCGACUGCGCACGGCGUGCGAGCGCGCGAAGCGCACGCUCUCGUCGUCGACGCAGGCGAGCAUUGAGAUCGAUUCGCUGUUCGAGGGAACCGAUUUCUACACCUCGAUCACGCGCGCCCGCUUCGAGGAGCUGAACGCCGAUCUGUUCCGCUCGACGAUGGAGCCGGUCGAGAAGGCGCUGCGCGACGCCAAGAUGGACAAGGCGAGCAUCCACGACAUCGUGCUGGUGGGUGGAUCGACGCGCAUCCCGAAGGUGCAGAAGCUGCUGCAGGACUUCUUCAACGGCAAGGAGUUGAACAAGUCUAUCAACCCGGACGAGGCCGUCGCGUACGGUGCCGCCGUCCAGGCCGCCAUCCUGCACGGCGACAAGUCGGAGGAGGUGCAGGAUCUGCUGCUGCUCGACGUGACCCCGCUGUCGCUCGGUAUCGAGACGGCGGGCGGCGUGAUGUCGGUGCUGAUCAAGCGCAACACGACCAUCCCGACCAAGCAGACGCAGACGUUCACCACGUACUCGGACAACCAGCCGGGCGUGCUGAUCCAGGUGUUCGAGGGCGAGCGCGCCAUGACGAAGGACAACAACCUGCUCGGCAAGUUCGAGCUGAGCGGCAUCCCGCCGGCACCGCGCGGCGUGCCCCAGAUCGAGGUGACGUUCGACAUCGACGCGAACGGUAUCCUGAACGUGACGGCGCUCGAGAAGUCGACCAACAAGGAGAACAAGAUCACCAUCACGAACGACAAGGGCCGCCUGAGCAAGGAGGACAUCGAGCGCAUGGUGAACGAGGCCGAGAAGUACCGCAGCGAGGACGAGAAGCAGAAGGAGACCAUCUCCGCGAAGAACGCGCUGGAGUCGUACUGCUUCAACAUGAAGGCCACCAUGGAGGACGACAAGCUGAAGGACAAGAUCACCGACAGCGACAAGACCCUGGUGCUGGACAAGUGCAACGACACGAUCAAGUGGCUCGAUGCCAACCAGCUGGCCGACAAGGAGGAGUACGAGCACCGCCAGAAGGAGCUCGAGUCGGUGUGCAACCCGAUCAUCAGCAAGCUGUACCAGGGUGCCGGUGGUGCCCCGGGAGGCAUGCCCGGAUUCCCGGGCGGUGCUCCGGGUGCGGGCGGAGCGGCCGGCGGUGCUGCCGGUGGUGCCGGUUCCGGCUCGGGACCGACCAUCGAGGAGGUCGACUAAAUCACUCUACAUUCCGACUGAUGAUGAUGGCGCGUCGUCGUGUGUGUGUACCACAAGACUAUGCUGUCAGCAGGGAGGGGAAAGGACGGGAAUGCAAUCGCUUCUCCGUGCUUCAACGAAACCAUUUACCACCAGUGUCAUCUUCCCUCUCUGGCUCAGCUAGCGGCGCUACCCCCCUGGACAACACAUCAUCUUGCCCCCACUGUAUUUUCACGUCGUAUGCUGCUUGAAAGCUAGCUUUUUCGCAGUGAAAAACCAAACCCGACAGCAUCAGCCCUCUUUUCUUCUGCCAGUCUUCAUUUGAUCUUUUUCAUCUUCUCACCAAAACACCACCACCUCAGCAGCCAGUCGAUUAGUGGCCAUUUAUCAUUGUAGUUCGGUAGGGAGAAAGGCAUUACUUCAGCGAUCGUUGUGUGAGCGCGAGUGUGCACGUGCGCUCGCGUGAUAUAUGCUGACAAGUAUUUUACUUUAAUGUUGAAUGUUAGUUUAUUUUGCGCUUCUCGCGUCUUCCUGCGAUGGGAACGGAGGAGCGGUCGCGCAACCCAGUUUACACGAUUGCACACGCGAACACUUGCUCUUCUCUUGCCCAGCCAAUAAUGAUAUGCGCGCAUAUGUGCUGAUUGAAAUUUUAAUCAAACGAAACAAGAAAUAGACCAAACAGAUAAAUAAAAGAAAGAGCUCUGUUAACACUCCAAUGAACAACAUCACGAUUGGAGCGAAAUUAGAAAAA